AAGAAGACAUCUCUCGUGUGAUUAGCAGCACUCGCCCAGUUUCUUGGAUACGUUUGCUUUGGUAACAUAAGUUUUCAAAUUGUCAUCCCUUUGUUCGAUUCCUUUCCUGCUGCCGUGUGGAAAUGCGUUAUCCACAGUAGAUUCGCACCAAAUAUGCUCCACAAGAACGCAAAACCUGGUUACAAAGCGGUUAUCAAGAAAACGGCCACGAUACUGAUCGCUGUCGAAGCAAUUGCUUUCGCCGUCUCCUACGCAGGCUGGUAUCGGCUGAACACAAACAGAGAUUUCAGAUAUUAUAUAAACGAAAACUAUCCCUUGAUUCUGGAAAGUUACUACCAGGUGGGAGAGUUCUUCAGCUCGGACCAAUCGAUCCGCAAACACGACCAACUAAUCUGGAAACAGGAAAAACAAUUCCCGAGCAGUGAAUGA